CUUCCCUAUUCGAUUAAAAAACGUCAAAUUGGAUACAAAUUAUAACAACAAUAAACACAAUGAAAUUAUUAGCAAAGAAAACGAACGUGAAAUAAAAUUUACCCAAAAUGGAAUUGUUUAGGUCGGAACUUUAUUAUAUAUUUGUACGAAACGAAUCAAGUUUAUGGUGGAAUCGCGUUACAGGCGCUUUUUCAGUUCGAUCAGCAUGGGACCUAUCAGAUAUCGAAGAUAUAGAAUGUCUUGGUAUAACGGAAGGUAUAAUAGGCAAAGUAGAACAUUCCACAAUAUAUGAACCUCGCUUAAUGAUAAUAAAAGAGAGUGUACCAGUAGGUCAAAUUUAUUUCCAUCAUACUAUUUAUAAAGUAAAAUCGAUAUGUUUCUUAAAUAUGGGCGUUGCGAACCAAGAAAUGGACUUGUGCCCGUGCACAAAACAUAAUUCAAGUACUUCUAUGCAAAGUUCAAAUAAAACAGCCAAUAAAAAGAUGGGUAGUCGAUUGUUUGAGAAUUCUGCAUUCCUGAAUAAGACUGUGGGGGCCGUGAAGAAUGUUAGCAACACUAUCAAGACCACUACUCAGCAUGCGGCUACACAGGUAAAACAGACAGUUAAGAAGCAACGGGAUCCAAAACUAGCUGAACGCUUCGAGAAACGUCUAACCGAUGAAUUACAUAAAAUAUUCGACGAUGCAGAGAGUUUUUACUACUCACGUACUCUAGAUAUCACAAACAGUCUACAGCGGCAGUACGAAAUAGAGAAGAUUCUGGAAAGUGAGGAAUCUGAAGGGAAAACAGUCACCGAUAUAACAAGAUGGUGGAAACAUGUUGAUGAUAGAUUCUUCUGGAAUAAACACAUGUUGAGGGAUAUCAUCGCUUUGGAUAGUCCACAAUGUGAUGAAUGGAUCCUACCAGUGAUCCAGGGCUAUGUCCACUUGGCGCAGAUAGCAGUGGAUGCUGACACCAAUCCCCUCAAUGUGGAGUCUCUAGCAAGCGGAAACUCUUGUGAUGAUACAUUCACAUUAGGUCUCAUAUCUAGACGGUCUAGGUAUCAAGCUGGCACUAGGUACAAUCGUCGUGGUAUCGAACCCGGCGGCAAAGUGGCGAACUACGUGGAAACAGAGCAGAUAGUGUCCAUCAUUUGUACGGACAGCAUUCAUAGGGCAUCGUUCCUGCAGGUACGUGGAUCUGUGCCGAUAUUCUGGAGUCAGCCAGAAUAUAAAUUUCGACCACCGCCACGACUUGAUAGAGGUGAAGAAGAAACUCAUACUGCAUUUAAGAAGCAUUUCGAGGAAGAGCUGAAGAUCUACAAGCAAGUGUGCAUUGUGAACUUGGUGGAGCAGCAGGGGAGGGAGCGGGUCAUCUGGGAGGCGUACGGGAACCAUGUCCUCAAGUUUAACAGCCCUGAUGUUAUUUACGCUACUUUCGACUUCCAUGAGUAUUGUCGCGGUAUGCAUUACGAAAACGUGAGUAUUCUGAUCAACGCGAUCGCGGACAUAAUCGGCGAGAUGAGGUUCUGUUGGCGAGAUGACCGCGGGGUUAUCUGCACUCAGGAAGGCGUGUUCAGGGUUAACUGUAUAGAUUGCCUUGACAGGACCAAUGUGGUACAAACGGCGAUAGCUAAAUACGUAUUGGAGCUGCAACUGUGCCGGCUGGGGCUGGGCGCGCCGGGCUGCGGCCUGCCCGCGCCGCUGCGCCACGCCUUCCUCACCAUGUGGGCCGACAACGGAGAUGUCGUCUCCAGACAGUACGCCGGCACCAAAGCCCUUAAGGGUGAUUAUACACGCACUGGAGAGAGGAAAUUCACUGGAAUGAUGAAAGAUGGCGUUGCAUCCGCUAACAGGUAUUAUCUAUCUACGUUCAAGGACGCGCUGCGGCAGGUGGCUAUCGACGUGAUGACGGGCGAGUCCCGCAGCAUCCCGGAGCAGCUGAUAGUGCCGGAGUGCAGCCGCUGUACCAACGUCAAGGUGCUGAUGCUUAACGAGCAAACGGAACCGGACACGGCGGCGAUGGCGCAACACGUUAAGUCCCUUAUUGAUGACUGCAAGAAACUGCUUGUGGAUACGGAACCAGUUCUCGGCUCCUGGGGACUUAUAGACGCUGAUCCACAUACUGGUGACCCGCACGAGACAGAGAUGGACAGCGUGAUGGUGCUGACGAGCGAGGCGUACUACGUCACGGAUUACGACGAGACGUCCGAUCGCCUGCUGUCGGUGCAGCGCGUGCCGCUCGCUGACGUCACGCUGCUCGAGCUCGGCACUCUCGACACUAACCCUACGAUAUUCGGAGUGGGACGUAAGAGCAGUACGGAGCCGGUUGUAUGUAUCCGUAUAAGCUACAAGUACAGCGGUGAAGCGGGCUACUUCCAUAUGUUCCGGUCUACUUCACUACGCUUCUUUAACAACAUGGCUGUUGUUAUCAAUACCAGGGACGAGAUGAUCGAAUCUCUUCAUUCGAUCUGCGAGUCAGUGAUGGUGGCCCGUGACGUCGCCAAGCUGCCGCCGGUACCUUUCCAUGACGGAGUUAAACUGGAGAAGAGGAAAUCUAAGAUCCACGGCACGUCGUCAGGCGGGGCUAGAUCUGCGUUAUAUCUAGAUGUGUCUCGUUUACCUUCACUCACACGGAAUGUGAGCGAGACGCAACUAGUCGCGGAUAUACGGAGCGUCGGAUCCAAAGCCUUGAAUAACAUGACUGAGCAAUUCAGUAAACUGAACAAGUUAAGUCAUUCACUUAACGCUAAAGCACGUCCAAGUCUCCAACUAAAGUUCGAUCAAGGCGCUUCACGUACUAAGAAAAUGUUCACAAUCGGACAAAGUAAAAACGAUAAGAAAAAAGGUAGCCUUUCCGACGGCUUGAGUUCGGAUUAUUCCUCCGACGAUGAGAACAGAACGAACAUAUUUGAACCGACAUUAGAUAAUUUUGAGAAUACCCAACAUUAUAUUGGUAAAAAAGACAAUAAUGAUACAGAAAACGAUUGUGAAUUAAUACAAAAUCCUUUAUAUUCAUCGAAAAUAGAACCGGAAGUGACAGAGAUCGUUCAAAUACCAGAGAUAACAGAACGACCGCCUGUUAAAACACCUAACAUACAGAAAAGGAAUCCAUUCGAUGCAGAUACAAAACCGGAGAUACAAAUUGAAAGUUUCGUAAAACCGAUACCACCGAAUACUUUGUUAUUAUCACAAAAAUUAUCACAUAGUUCAAGUGAUAUUAAUUACGAUGAUGAGAAUUCACAAGUCCACGUGAGAUCAAACUCUCAGCAUGAUAUCACUUUGAAUAUCGCACAGUCUCAUAGUGAAUCAGCUCUUAAACAAUUAAAAAACAUCGCAAGUCCGAUGUCAAAUGCAACGAGAGAAAUGGUGUUAUCACCACUCUCGAAACUCGCUAAAGGAGUCCAGACUCUAGGCGCCAACUUGGACCCGAGAAAAAUUAAGGCAUCUGGUUCUGUUAAACAAAUAUCAGAACAACAAUAUGAAGAGCACAAAAAACUGCAAGAGAAAUGGCAGGGUUGCAACACUCGCCUUAUCGCGCUGUAGGGCUGCCAACGGAGUGUUGCUAGGUGAAAAAUAUUAAUUAUUAAUAAUUUUUACUAAAAUAUUUAUUGCUUAAACGAAUUGUUAGCGUGUAGUUUCAAUUGAUCUUUAAGUUGACAAACGUUAUUUUAAUUUUAUUUCCCUUGACAUUUAGUUUUAGUAUGAAUAGAAGUUUAUUUUUUAUUUAUUGAUAAUAAAUGCUAUAAUGACGCAUUUCAAGGAUAUAUAUUGAAUUGAAUAGACAAUACCAUAGAUUAUUAAGAUAUUUAGUUCUGUUAAUUUAAUUCCCGCCUUUUCAAGAUGGCGUAUUUGUAUGGAGUGAAAAAAAAUAUGUUCAAAUUUUGUCACAAAAUUCUCUUACGUUAGUGGAAUUAUUUUAGUAUUUAUAAUACUUAUCUGAAAAUUUGUGUUUUUUUCUGUAAUGUUUAUGUUACGAUACAGUAUUAUAGAAUAUUUAUUUCGUUUAUUUAAAGUAUUGGUUAACCUACAGUUAAAUGGUCUGUUAACCUCGAUAUAUAUUUCACAACAAAGUUUCUACAAUAAUUAAGGAAAUUUACCCAAAUCUGUUCUAGAAAGAUAUAUUAGGCCGUCUUCACCUCGGCAGGGUAUUUGUUACGCCCACAAAUUAAAAAAAAAAUAAAAUAAAAAACUGCAAUUAAUUCUAAUACAAAACCACCUUAUCUCAGUAUUAAAUUAUAACUAUGUUCUAAUGUAAUCAAAUCAAAGUUACCAAAAUAUGAAUUUAUAGAAAAAAUUACUCAAUACAUAAUUAUUAGUAUUUUUUCUGCCUAUAAAAAGUAUUUA